AUGGCGAAUCUACGCGUUUUCGGCGUCGACUUUGGUGCGCAACGAUGCGUUGUAGCUGAAAGCAAUGGUGACGUGGUGCUUAAUCAACUCGGUGGCAUGACAACAGCUACUCUAGUUUCGUUUAAAGGGGAAGAACGUCUGCUAGGCGAGUCAGCUGUACUUUCAACCAGUACAAAUCCGAGCAAUACAGUUGGAUUUCUAUCGGGACUUGUCGGCAAGAAACUAGCGGACGUUCAACGCCAGCUUGAGCGCCUACCUGGUCCUCAACCCGUUUUUGAAGUAGACGAGACGGGUCGCGUGGUGGUAAUCGUGGACUAUGGCUCGAAUGGAAAGAAGACAAGUUUCACAUUGGAACAACUGACUGGUAUGCUAUUCGCUGAUCUAGCGACGCAGAUGAAGAAACGAUUAGAAAACGAGCCAUUUCAUAUGACUUUGGCUGUACCGUCGGUAUGGGGUGACGAGGAGAAACAAGCAGUUCGUAUGGCUGGUAAAAUUGCUGGCAUUUCUAGCUUGGCAAUCAUUUCGCGUGAUGCAGCACUAGCUCGAUGUUUUCAUUGCAAACACCCUGUGAAAGUUCCUGUAUCUGGUGACGGUGACGUUGAAAUGGAAACUCCUCGAUACAUUGCUAUUGUAGAUAUGGGCCACACCAGUACUAGCGUUACAGUUGUUAAGCUGACGUCCGAGGGUGAAACGGUGUUGGCUACAGAAGGUGAUGUCGAGCUUGGUGCCGAGACACUUGAUCGUCGACUCUUUGAAUACUUUCAAAAGGAUGUUCAAAUGAACCACCAGCUAGACAUCUCACUUCAUUCGAAGGAGGGAAAACGAUUAUAUCAGGCAUGCGAAAAGCUUAAGAAAUUGCUGUCUACUAUCGGUGAAGCUAGUGUGACGGUGGAAAACCUUGCACCUGAGAACGAUAUUAACAUCUCGAUCUCUCGCAACGCUUUUGAAGAGCUCUGUGUUGUUGAGCGCAACCGUGUGACUGAGAUGGUCCAACAUGCUUUAGCAAUGGCUAAGGAAGACGUUGCCAGUGCCGACAUUGCGUCAGUAGAAAUUGUUGGUGGCGGGACUCGAAUUCCGUUUGUACAGGAAGCCAUCAUUGCCGCUUUUCCUGCUGAGCAGCAACGUAACGCUGAUUUAAUCGGUCGUAUGCUUGAUUCGACCACGGCCAUUGCUCUCGGUGCUGCUUACUCGAGUGAAGUGGUGGUUGCACCUGAUACGCUAACUUUAGAGACUCACGAGGAUACGGAAGAAUUAACUCGCUUUGUUGCGCUGGAGCAGACGUAUCAAGCUCGUGAUGCUGAAUUGGCUGCAAUCGCUCAUGAGCGUAAUGCCAUUGAGUCAUUUGUUUAUGAAAUGCGAUCGAAGAGCAGCGGAAAGUAUGGAGACAAGCUCGAUUUAUCCAAGUUAAACCCACUCCUGGAUGCUGCUGAGGACUGGAUCUACUCGGAGGAAUCAGAGACUGCUACGUUGGACUUUAUUCGCUCAAAGCACGAGUCAAUCGAAGGGGAAAUUCGUUCUGCUUGUGCAGACUACUUUUCAGCUGUCGAGGCAGACCAACGUGCGUUUGAACAGCAUCUUGAAAACGAAUCACAGAAGGCUGAACUCGAACGUCAGAACGAAGGGGGUGAUGAUGAUCACGAUACUCGCAAGCUAAAGAAACCGGAACGCAUGCGUAUGGUGGUGAAAAAUAAAGACGAAGGUAAUGAGCUUUUCCGAGAUGGUAAUUUCAAACACGCCGCUGCUCGCUACGUCAAAGCUUUGACUCAUGCGUCGAAAUUCUUUGACUUGUCGGAGGGUGACAAGGAAGAAGUGAACGCGAUUAAGCUCAGUCUGUUUUUGAAUCUUGCGCAGUGCUACCUCAAAUUGGAAAGUUAUUCGAAAGCAGUAGCGAAUUGCAAUGAAGCGCUGGCUUUGGAAUCUAAAAACGUCAAGGCACUUUAUCGCCGCGCCAUGGCGUACGAGAAAGAGAAGAAACUUGAGCUAGCAGCUGCGGACGUCAAAGCUGCGCUGCUUCUCGCACCUCAAGAUCGUGCUAUUCUUAAGCUCGAUGAGCGUCUAAAGCUUGCUUUGCGUCGCCAGCUUGACAAGGAAAAGAAAAUGUGGAGCAAGGCAUUCGCGUAA